GUGAAGCUAAGGUUCUGCGGCUUCCCCUGCCACCUGCAACUCUCAUUUGUCACAAACCGCUCAGGUUGCCAGCUCUGAGUUGCACCAUGGAAAACAGCCACGAGCUGGACCUCACUUACAUCACUGAGCGCAUCAUUGCCGUGUCCUUCCCUGCGGGCUGCUCGGAGGAGUCCUACCUGCAUAACCUGCAGGAGGUCACGCGCAUGCUGAGGUCCAAACAUGGGGACAACUACCUGGUAUUAAACCUUUCAGAGAAGAAGUAUGACCUGACAAAGCUUAACCCAAAGAAAGGAAAAGAGAAGAAAGGAAAACAAAAGAAAAGAAAGAAAAGCGAUGCUCAGUGGCUACUCCUGAUUCUGCAUUAAAGAAUUACUCCUGGUGCUCAGGGGACUCUAUGGGAUGCUGAGGAUCGCCGUGUGCAAG